CUAAUCCAAUUCUCAUUUUUCGUUGAAACGCAAAGUUUGAAUCGCUGCCAGAGGGAUCUUCUCUGUGACGACCUUCUCUUACCGAUCUCCUCCAGCGACGACCUUCUCUUACCGAUCUCUUUCGGCGAUGGUCUCCUCCAACGACGACCUCAUUCGGCGACUUUUUCCUCAGCGGUGAUCUUCACUGGUGACCUCUCCUCCAACGACAAUCUCCUCCUGCGACGGUCUUCUCCAGCGGCAUCUCUUACUGCAAUGAUCUCUUCCGGUGGCAUUCUCCUACGCCGGCAAUCUCAUCCAUCGAGCUAAUGUGCUAUGAGAGAUUCUCCUCCCACAAGCUCGCGAGAGCUAGGGUUUCUGAGGAAGGGAUCGUUGAAACAAUUCAUAAUGAUGAUGAUGAUGAAGCGCCCGAUGCUGCGGAGAAUGGAGUUGCGGGAGCAAGAUGACUACGAGGUUGUGAGGAAGGUGGGAAGAGGGAAAUACAGUGAGGUCUUUAAGGGCGUUCACUCCACCGAUAAUGAAAAAUGCAUAAUCAAGAUCCUCAAACUCGUCAAGAAGAAAAAGUUAAAGAGGGAGAUCAAAAUAUUACAUAAUCUUUGUGGAAGUCCCAAUGUUAUAAAGCUGCUUGACAUUGUUAGGGACCAGCAAUCAAAGACCCCAAGCCUUAUAUUUGAAUAUGUCAAUAACACUGAUUUUAAAGUGCUCUACCCCACCCUGUCAGAUUAUGAUAUUCGAUAUUAUAUCUAUGAACUUCUAAAGGAAAGGGUCAAAGUUCCCUUCAAAUCUGAAGGGAAGGGAAACUUCAGAACAGUGAGCUUCAAGUUCAAAGCAGUUGCACCAAGAACAAGACUCAUAUUCUACAGCUCCUUUUACCAUACCAGAAUUGAUGAUUAUGGAUCUCUCUGUGGCCCUGUUCUUGACCAGGUUAUAGUGUUCUCUGUUGCAUAAGUUAUUAAACCAUUAAUGUAGUACUUAGUAACUAUGAUUUUUGCAAGUUACUUGAGCCUGUCUUCUGUAUAAUUGCACGAGACCAUACCUUAUAUUAAAACUUCAUCUUGCUUUUGUAUACUAAUUCCCUAUAUUUUGUUCAUGUAUGCAUUAAAUAACCUUAUACUUUCUAAACUUAUAGCUAAUUAGUUAGCAACAUCAUGAUAGUGGAAGCAACAUGUUCACUUGAGUGUGUAAUUCAAAAUAUUAAGCAAAUUAACAUCCUGAACAGAAAGGACUUGAAGAAUUCUAAAAAGAACAAUACUAAGAUUGGUAGUUACCCCUCAUAUACGCUGCCAAUGUCUGAUUAAAAUUGCAGAGUUAGCUUUUUAAGAAGCAAUGAACAUUGAAUCAUGACGGUGUAUCACGGUGUAGCUCAGGGAGGUAGUCUGAGAUCAAACGGCUCUCCUUUUCGUCACACUCGUAUCGUACCUCUGUCGAUCUUAAGGACAAGUGGAGGAAUUUUCUCAAGGCUAGCUUUGCCCAGGCACCUGCAGAUGAAGGGAUGAACGUGCGGAAGCAUGGUACAACGCCAAUCCUGGAACCGAUUUUGCUACGUGUACGAGAGAUUAAAAAGGGGGCUGCUUCCGUGGAAGGAGUAGAAGCAAAAUUCUAGCAGGUACCUGAAACACUGCCUGAAGAGGUACUUAGGAAGAUGGGAGCACCUCCAAAGAGUGAUGUGCCGAUUAUUACACCCAAUGAGCUACCUGAGGUUGCUGGUUUAUUGCUUGGAUUUCCAACGAGAUUUGGACUCAUGGCUGCUCAGUUUAAGGCAUUCUUGGAUGCAACUGGAGGCCUAUGGUGUACACAGGCACUAGCAGGAAAGCCUGCUGGAAUUUUUUACAACACCUGUUCUCAAGGAGGCGGACAAGAAACCACCCCAUAAUAUUUAUUCACACGGACAUGAACAAUGAAAAUGUUGGAAGGGUCUGUUGCAAACUUUUUGAGCAUCUCUAGGAAAACUCCCAAUGUAAUAGAACUAAUAAUAUUUCUUAGUUUGAUAUUUUGUAUAGGAAUUAUUAUUUUUGAUUUGCAAUACUAAAAAAUUAUAUAUUAUGUUUAAUACUGAGUUAAAUAAUAUUUUGUC